GGGAAGGCGAGGGGCGGGCAGGAAGCGCGGAGCCGGCCGGGGCGCGGUGUGAGGGCCGGAGGAGCCGAAAUCAGAGACGUCAUGGAUGUGACUGUCGGGACAGAGCAGGAAACCCAGCUGUGCAGCAACUGCAAAAAGGAUGUUCCAGUGGCUAACUUCACCAUCCAUGAGAUCCACUGCAGCAGAAACAUUGAAGUAUGUGGCUUCUGCAAGGAGUCGGUCCCCAAAUCUGAAAUGAAAAACCAUGUUGAAUCUAAACACGUGAAGGUUACCUGUAAAUGUAAUAUGAAGAUUGAAAAGAGUGACCUAGAAGAUCAUGAGGCAUCAUCAUGCCCUCUGCGUCCUGCAGUUUGCCAGUACUGUGACAUAGAGCUCACAUUCAACAAGCUUCAGGACCACGAGGAGUACUGUGGAACUAGGACCGAAACAUGCAGUGGGUGUGGCCGCAACAUCAUGGUAAAAGAUCUGAAGUUGCACGCUGAAGUUUGUGGGAAAGAGGCUAAACAAAAGCACGUUAACAAAGCGAGAGCGCUCUUCAGCUGUGAGGAUGAGGAAGCAGAGCCGUGCAGCUUUCAAAGCAUCCGAAACAUUCUGAGCCCGGACGACUACGUCAGGACUCUGUGGGGGAUUCCCAGACCGCUGCAAAGUCCAUUUUACAGCAGCUUUGGAAGAGAUCAGCUAUUUAAGGAUAUUAACACAAGAAACACAUCAGCAAUGUGGAGAGAUCAGAAUCGAGUGGCUGAGCGGGAGCAGCUACAGAGGAAUCAAAAUACUGAGUCUUCGCUUUCUGAAGAGCAGAAUUCCAAUUUUGACUAUAUGCUAGCUCUUAGCUUGCAAAGCGAGAAUAAUCCCCACGACACUACUUCCACUGAAAUCCACAGUGACUUCUGGAAGAACUACUCCAAAGGGGCCAAGCCACCUGAGCAUCUUAACAGAAUAAACAAGUCCGAUACUUUCCUGCAUGAACCUUUGGUGUCUAACAUUACAAAUCACCUAAAAAAUGAUGAUGUCAUCAUGUUGCCCUGUGAAUUUUGUGAAGAGCUGUACCCUGAGGAAGAUCUGAUUCUCCAUCAGACAGGCUGCAGUCCUGCAAGUGCCUUGGCUUCAUUCAGUAAAAGAAGCUUCUCUCCAACUCGACAAGAGUACGGUGGCUUGGUUAAAGAUGACUUGGAACUGGACAGAACCAGCUUUGGUAGCAGAUUCUCAUAUCCAGGGCAGCAUGAAGCUGUGCAGACAGAAGGGAGCACCAUCAUUCCGUGUGAAUUCUGUGGCAUUGAGUUAGAAGAGGAGGUUCUCUUCCACCACCAGGACCAAUGUGAUCUGUAUCCAGUCUCUGCCAACCCCACACAAGGCUUGUUGCAGCACCCACUGCCUCCUAAAGAGAAUCUGGAGAGGAGGGAAUCACCAGAGCUGGCUAGAGACAUGCGGCAUCAAGGAGAAGUUUCACCUCAUUAUUUAGAAGACAUCGGGCAGCGGAAGCUUACCAAUGCUGUGCGAGGGGAGAGAUCGCUGAACAACCUGGCAGUUGCCCGGGACUUGCAGCUGACUUCUUCCAACACCAUGAAGAUGAAUAAUGCUCUGUCUCCAAGAAUGAAGCCCAGCAACUUGGGUGGCAGUGAAGGAAGAAUGAGGGGCAAAGGUACAGAUGAAUCCGCAGCUGCCCACGUUUCGGUCGUGCAACCCAGUCGGAACUUCCACCCGGAAAGCUACAUGUCCAGUUUUUCAAGGGUGCCUCCAACUCUACCGAGCGUGAGGAAUGAAGGAGGAAGGAGUCAGAGGAUGCCCAAUGUUCCUGGCCACUUCAGGAGCAGGAGCAGGAGCACAAAGGUAAAACCCCAGACACCAGAGUCCAGCUGCCCCGAGGAGGAAUAAUGGCCCCUUGUCGGGGGCACGCCUAGCACUUGUAGCACUCUCACUAUGCACUAACGUACCUAUUUAUCCCAGUGUGAGGACUCGCUGCAUUGCUGCAUCAGUGGAAAACUUUAUAUCCAAUUUGAAUCUUUAUAGGCAGUGAUCAUUUUAUAAUUUUUUAAAGUUUGUGGAGUGGAAUAUAUGGCCCCAGACCUGCUGUGUGGAGACAAGGGAUCUAAGGUGGCUUGGGGCUUUUAUUGCUGCUUUCUGUGGUCUAAACUGGCAAUGUCUCAAGCCAGCUGAGACUUCCCCGGGAAGGGACUAACCUGUUAUUGCAGCUGCUUGUCUGACAUGUAGUAAGUGGAGCCUUCUUUUUAAUAUGGUAACCCUGGAUUUAGUAGUUAGUGACAAAUAAUGCAUCGCUGCCUUCAAGGCAAAGUGAUAAUGACUAGCAUUACAAACCCCAAACCUGUUAAACACCUGAGCUACUCCAGGGGAAGAGAAUGCUGUAGUACAUUUCAGCAGUUGGAUGUUGUCUGACUUGGGGACACUACUUCUCUGUAAAGAGCAGUGGAUCUCGGUGAUUAUUUUCACUAAGGUCUGGGAUAGGGGUGAGCUUAGUGUCUUGGCUUUAAACCUAUUCCAUCUGUUACAGGUGGUAGUUGGGAAAUAGUUCUCUAUUGCAUCUGACUGCAGUUAAACCUUUUUUCCUCUAAGCUUUCUACCAUCAUCCUGUCAUAACCAUCCUCUGAUUUGCUUAGGAAAAGCCAUACCAGUUGUAAUCAUGGUGUGUUUGUGCCUGUGUCCCUAUAUGUCUGUCUGAUACCACAAGUGCCCAAUAUUCCUCGAGGCGUUUGCCAGCGGGAUUGUGACCCUCCACAGAGGAGAUCCAGGCCUAGUUUUCCAUUCUCUCGGCUGCUUUUAUUUUUGGCUAUCUUCGAGCCUUUACUUUUUAAAAACUCCUUGGAAUAAAAUUUGUAUGUGUUAAUGAC